CAUCGACGUCAAAUAAGUAAACUUAUCGUCAAAUAAGCUAUAAAUGCAUACUUAAAAUUUCAAUUUUCGCUGUAGGAAAAAAGAACAAAAAAAGAUUAAUCUCAAAUUAUUAUUUAUUAUUUUUAAAAAAAUUUCAGACCCCAACCCCAGAAAAAUUAAUUCCGGUCGCCCGUACUUUCCCUUUCUCUUUUCGAUCUUUUUUUUUCUUCAUCUGUGUCUCGGUAUUGAACGCACGUGCGAUUCAGGCGGUGUUUUGUUCCCUUCUUAUUUUCCGAUCGCCAUCAUCGUCCUCGCGAUUCUGGGUCUUACCAUCGGAAUUCCUGAGGCUUCAUUCGUAGCUUCUCUUGCUUCUGCUUUGAUUUUGUAUUUUUCCUCAGGGUACAUAAGAUACAGAUAUGCUGUAAAACUGCAGUAUUCGAAAUGACAAUUAGAGGAGGGGGAAAAAAAGUAAGCAUGAGUGGUGGUGGAUGGUACGAUUUUACAGCAAGAUUGUGGAAUAAGUUAUGGGUUUUUUUCUAGUAGUGGUAGUUACCAAAGCAAGGCGAAAACGAAGAAGGAAUAUAGAAAGAAAUGAAUGUGCAGACGCAUAUGUCAGGACAGAUAUCUGGACAGGUUCCUAAUCAAGGGGGGUUACCCCAGCAAAAUGGGAACCUGCUUCAGCCUUCCCAGAUGCAGAAUUUAGGGGUUGCUGGAGGUGUUUCUGGUGUUCUUGGCACUAGUGGUCCUUCACAUAAUAUGUUGAAUAUGGAUCCUGACCUGAUGAGAACACGUGAUUACAUGCGGGGAGAAAUCAUUAAGUUUUUAAAAUCACGCCAGCAACAUCCUAUUACCGAGGCAUCAAUGAUCAAGUUUCAGGAUUUUGCAAGACGGUUGGAAGAAGGUUUAUUUAAGAUUGCUCGCACAAAGGAGGAUUACACCAAUUUGAGUACUUUAGAGCAACGUCUACAGAUUCUAAUAAGGAAUAGUAGAAAUGUGCACAACCAAAGACAUGCUCAGCUUGUUAAUUCGGGAUCAGCACCAGUUGGUACAAUGAUACCGACCCCUGGCAUGUCACACAGUGGCAAUCCUAGCCUCAUGGUUACAUCUUCUAUAGAUACAUCUAUCAGUGCUGCCAAUGCAAGUAUACCUCCUACGAAUGUCAAUACAGGAAGUCUGUUGCCUACUGCUGGCAUGAAUAGUGGUUCCUUCAGUAGAUCUGAAGGAAAUAUAUCUAAUGGGUAUCCAAGUGCAAAUUUUCAUAUUGCUUCUGGUGGAAUGUCAUCAAUUGGUGUGCAAAGAAUGGCAAGCCAAAUGAUUCCCACUCCUGGAUUGAAUAGUAAUAACAAUAGCAUUAAUAAUCAGUCUUGCAAUAAUGUUGGACUUUCAACUGUUGAAUCAACGAUGUCAUCUCAGCCACAGCAGCAAAAGCAACAUGGUGGUCAAAACAGUCGUAUUUUGCACACCCUUGGCAGCCAAAUAGGUAGUGGCAUCAGGUCUGGUUUGCAGCAGAAAACUUUUGGGUUUCCUAAUGCUUCCCUAAAUGGUGCAUUGGGGAUGAUGGGCAACAAUAUGCUCAUCAUUAAUGAACCAGGAACUUCUGGAGGAUAUCAGACUACCACGCCUUUUGCUAAUUCACCAAAACCUUUGCAACAACACUUUGAUCAACAUCAGCGACCCCUGAUGCAAGGUGAUGGAUAUGGAAUGAACAAUGCUGAUUCUUUCGGGUCUGGAAACUUGUAUGGUUCUGCAACAUCUGUUGGAUCUAUAACAAACUCUCAGAAUUCAGAUCCAGUCAAUUUGCACUCUAUAUCCAGAGCAAAUUCUUCUUUGAUAAGCAAUCAGUCGAAUUUACAUGGUAUGCAAUCGGCUGCCCAUAUGAAUCCGCAGUCCAUGGAUCAUUUUGAGAAGAUGAAUUUCCAACCUCCGGUUUCUUCAAGAGACAAUGUCCUUCAAGCUAAUCAGCUGCAACAGUUCCAGCAGCAGUCCCUUCAGUUCCAGCAACAGCAGUUUCUGCAACAGCAACACCAUCCACAGCAAAAUCAGCAGCAUCAAAAUUUGAUAAGCAAUAAUAGUGGUUAUAGUCAGCCUCAGAUGGCUUCUGAUAUAGGUAGUCAAGUGAAGCAUGAGCCUGGAGCGGAACUCCAUGGUGAGGUUCUACAUCAACAAGCUCCUGGACAAUUUCAGCUUCCUGAAUCGCGGAGUCAAUUCCUGCAGAAUCAUGCUGAACAGAUCUCUAGUCAGCAGGAUAUGCAUUCAUCACUUCCACAAAAUUCUCAACAAAUGCAACAGAUGUUGCACCAACACCAAUUGGUUCCGGAGUCACAAAAUGAUUAUAAACUUUCAGCUGGAGCACCGCCAGAAUCAGCUGUGCAGGGCCAGUGGCUCCCUCACUCACAAGAGCAGUCUCAAAUGCCAGUGAACAUGUCACGCGAGCAGCACGUCCAAGAGGAUUUCCAGCAGAGAAUAUCUGGGCAGGAUGAAGCUCAAUGUAAUAAUUUUUCUGCCGAUGCAUCCACUAUUCCUAAAAGCUCAUCAGAUAUUUCAAAUUCAAGGGGUGCUAUCUCUAAAUCUGGAAGUGGGAGCCAUGACAGGCAAUUCCGAAAUCAAGUGAGGUGGCUUUUGUUACUGCGCCAUGCUCGUAGAUGUAAAGCAUCUGAGGGCAAGUGUGAUGGCUAUUGCUUUACUGUACGAAAAUUGUUAUCUCAUAUGGAUUCAUGUCAAUCAUCUCAAUGUUCUUAUCCUCGUUGCCAUCACUCCAAGAUAUUGAUCCGUCAUCACAAGACUUGUAGAUAUCCAGCCUGCCCUGUUUGUGUUCCUGUUAACAAUUAUGUACAGGCUCAGAAGGCACGUGCCUGUCUAAACUCUACUUCCGUUUUGCCAUCAUCGGACAGUAUAUCGACGAAAACAUCUAGUUCGGGAGACAUUUCAACUAGAAUAACUUCUACAUCUGCAGCAAUUGACACUUCUGUAGACAUACAGCCUUCAUUAAAACGCAUGAAGAUAGAACAAUCUUCUCAAUCUGUUAUUGCUAAAAGUGAAGGUCCUUUAGCAUCAGGUUGUGUUGUUACUGAAACUCACAUAUCUCAGGAUAUCCAGCGUCAAGAUUACAGAUAUGUUGACAGGCGUAUGCCAGUUAAAUCUGAGCCUAUGGAAGUGAAGACGGAUGUCCCCAUGAGUUCUGUUAAAGGUAGUCCUAUUAUUACUGAGAUGAAGGAUGUUUUGGAAGACAUUAGCAAACAGAAAUCUGAUGCUGAGCCUAUUACAAGUGAUGAAUUUGGUGGUCUUCGUAAGCAAGAAAAUGCUGAGAUUGAGAAGGAACCUGACUUGGUUAAACCAGAGAAUGUUACACAGUCUUCUGAAGGUGCAGCUGGAAAUAAGUCUGGGAAACCAAAAAUAAAAGGGGUGUCACUGACUGAACUGUUCACCCCGGAGCAAGUUCGGGAGCAUAUUACAGGUCUCAGACAAUGGGUUGGCCAGAGUAAAGCGAAAGCUGAAAAGAAUCAAGCAAUGGAGCACUCUAUGAGUGAGAACUCCUGUCAGUUAUGUGCAGUUGAGAGACUCACUUUUGAACCACCACCUAUUUAUUGUAGCCAUUGUGGUGCUCGCAUUAAGCGCAAUGCAAUGUACUACACAGUGGGUGCUGGUGAUACACGACAUUAUUUUUGUAUUCCAUGCCACAAUGAAUCUCGUGGAGAUAGCAUUGUUGUUGAUGGAACUGCCAUUCCUAAGGCAAGGCUUGAGAAGAAGAAAAAUGAUGAAGAGACUGAAGAAUGGUGGGUUCAAUGUGAUAAGUGUGAGGCUUGGCAGCAUCAAAUUUGUGCUUUAUUUAAUGGUAGAAGGAAUGAUGGUGGGCAAGCUGAAUAUACAUGCCCCAAUUGCUAUAUUGAAGAGGUUGAAAGAGGGGAGCGGAAGCCCUUACCUCAGAGUGCUGUUCUUGGCGCCAAAGAUUUGCCAAGAACAAUCCUCAGUGACCACAUAGAGCAGCGAUUAUUUAGGAGACUGAAACAGGAAAGACAAGAGAGGGCCAAAGUUCAAGGAAAGAGUUAUGAUGAGGUUCCUGGUGCUGAGGCACUUGUGGUUAGAGUUGUUUCAUCGGUUGACAAAAAGCUGGAAGUGAAGCCACGGUUUCUUGAAAUCUUUCAAGAAGAGAAUUAUCCGCUAGAGUUUCCAUAUAAAUCAAAGGUAGUUUUAUUGUUUCAGAAGAUUGAAGGGGUUGAAGUAUGCUUGUUUGGGAUGUAUGUUCAAGAAUUUGGAUCAGAAUGUGCAUUCCCUAAUCAGCGCCGUGUUUAUCUGUCAUACCUAGACUCAGUCAAGUAUUUCCGUCCUGAGGUUAAAGCAGUUACCGGAGAGGCUCUCCGUACAUUUGUUUACCAUGAAAUCCUUAUUGGAUACCUUGAAUAUUGCAAGAAGCGUGGUUUUACAAGUUGCUAUAUAUGGGCUUGCCCUCCACUAAAGGGUGAAGAUUAUAUCAUAUAUUGUCAUCCAGAAAUUCAGAAAACACCCAAAUCAGAUAAACUGCGGGAAUGGUAUUUAGCAAUGUUAAGGAAAGCUUCCAAGGAAAACAUUGUAGUUGAUCUUACUAAUUUAUAUGAUCAUUUCUUCCAAACUACGGGUGAAUGUAAGGCAAAGGUAACAGCAGCUAGGCUGCCAUAUUUUGAUGGUGAUUACUGGCCUGGGGCUGCUGAAGAUCUAAUUAUUCAGCUUCGUCAAGAAGAUGGCAGAAAGCUGAAUAAAAAAGGAACAAUCAAAAAGACCCUAACAAAAAGGGCUUUGAAAGCAUCUGGUCAGGCUGAUCUCUCUUCUAAUGCAUCAAAGGAUCUGCUGCUGAUGCAUAAACUUGGUGAGACCAUUUCUCCAAUGAAAGAGGAUUUUAUCAUGGUUCACUUGCAGCAUUGUUGCACUCAUUGUUGUAUCCUGAUGGUAUCUGGAAGCCGCUGGGUCUGUAAUCAGUGCAAGAACUUUCAGAUUUGUGAUAGGUGCUAUGAAACAGAGCAGAAACGUGAAGAAAGAGAGAGACAUCCCUUCAAUCAGAGGGAAAAACAUGUUCUCUAUCCAGUUGAAAUUACUGAUGUACCUACUGAUACAAAGGAUAGAGAUGAAAUUCUUGAGAGUGAAUUCUUCGAUACUAGGCAGGCAUUUUUGAGUCUUUGUCAAGGGAAUCAUUAUCAGUAUGAUACCCUAAGGCGGGCCAAACAUUCCUCAAUGAUGGUUCUUUACCAUCUGCACAAUCCAACUGCCCCUGCAUUUGUCACAACCUGUAAUGUAUGCCAUCUGGACAUUGAAACUGGUCAAGGCUGGCGCUGUGAAGUGUGUCCUGAUUAUGAUGUGUGCAACUCCUGUUACUACAAGGAUGGGGGCAUUGAUCAUCCUCAUAAGUUAACGAAUCAUCCAUCCUUGGCUGAACGUGAUGCACAAAAUAAAGAGGCAAGGCAACUACGGGUUGUGCAGCUGAGGAAAAUGCUUGACCUUUUGGUUCAUGCAUCACAAUGUCGUUCUGCACAUUGCCAAUACCCAAAUUGUCGGAAAGUGAAGGGGCUUUUCCGCCAUGGAAUACAAUGCAAAAAACGUGCUUCUGGUGGUUGUGUACUUUGCAAGAAAAUGUGGUAUCUACUACAACUUCAUGCUCGAGCAUGCAAAGAAUCUGAAUGCCAUGUACCACGUUGCAGAGAUCUAAAGGAACAUUUGAGGAGGCUUCAACAGCAGUCUGAUUCUCGGCGAAGGGCUGCUGUGAUGGAGAUGAUGAGACAAAGAGCAGCAGAGGUUGCUGGUAACUCUGCGUAACUAAAACCAAAUUGUAAAUAUAAAUUUGGAUUUUGAUGAAAAUGCUCCCUCCUAGAAAGGCAGGUAGAAAAUAGUUUUCGUGCUGCUCCAUUGGUUCACUUCUUGCAACUAGGCGCUGAUGGGGAAAGCCGGUGGAUCUCUAGAAGCUCAGAAGGGUAUACAGGCAUAGAAAACUACAAACAGAUUGAUUAGUGAUGGCUUCUUAGCGCACAAUUCUUUCAUUCAUAAAACGCGUGACCAGAUUCCCUAAAACCAAGUUGAUGAAGUUUUUAUAGAUCUGAUCAGCCUGCAACAGUUGCUUACUAUGCCGCCUUGCCUCGCCUUGCCUCUCCUUGGAGCUCAAAUUAUAGAUGUGUGUCAAUGCCGUGAUCUGGUUAUUAUUUUUAGUUUUUUAUUUUUUGUAUUCAUUGCCAUCCCUUUGGUGGCGAAUGUGUUAUAAUUGUUCUAAAUCUGUCGAAAUUGCUUCUUACAGAGGAAUGUUGGAUUGAAGGAGCUUAGUUUCAAUAUCUUUUUUUUUUUUUCCGGUUUUUUUCCCUUUUGUUCUUGGAACAUUGACACCCCUUUUUGUAGAAAGGCUUCUUUAUGUUUAAGAUGGAAAAAUAAGUAGAAGCAUUGGAGAA